UCAGAUGAUCUCCUAUGUUUUCCAGCACCAUUAUCGUAUUAAACUCGACUUUGUUUACUUGAAAAGUAUAAUACGAUUGGUUAUGGAUGCAAUUGCAUUACUUGUGUAGGAAAUCAAAGUAAGUAUACAAAAACUACUAAAUGAAAUCAGCCUUUACAAAUAAGCUGAAAAAAAAAUACAAUUAAGUUAAGAAAACUAACAUAUAAUGUAUGCUUAUGCAGGAUAUAUUCAAUGUCAUAAUAUGAAAGCUAAAUACAGAAUACGAUUAGAAAUGUAUAUUAAAACCACAUUUAAAUUAAAACAAUUGAACAAAAAUAAUAGAAGACAACUCAGAUGGUUGGCAAAAAGAAGAAGAUGGAGUAAUGUAACGUAAGAUUCUUUCUUUUAAAAGAGAGAACAAUGAAAGUUUCAUGUCUUUUAUGUAUAUAAAUCUGGACACUAUGAACAAAGCUAAAAGUGAAUAUCAAGAAAAGAUUAAAAAAAAUCCACAGAUAUUCGAAACUGUUAAACCCGAAAACAAAAUGAUGUCAAAAACUAAAAACACGUUUAAGAAAAUAAAAGUAUGUACUAUAAUUUAUAAAUUGUUCAUGAAAGGUAAGCCAUUAAUUUUGUCUUUAAAAGUCGAGUGCCAAUAGGAAUACAACAAAACUCUUUAUGUGUAUUAUGGAUGAGAAUAAAAAACGAUCUAGAAGUAGUUAAUGUUAACCAUCCAUCGUAAUCAUAAAUACUUGAGGUGAGGUCUAUAAGAUAACAAGAGCUAUUAAAAAAAUCUUCCAAAACAUUGAUCUAUAAUCCAUGGAUAUUGUUCUCAAAUUCGUUGCAUUCAUAAUUGCAUCCUCUUUAUUUCAGUCCGGAGAAACUUUAAAAGUUCAUAAAUCCUUUAAGGUAAAUGGAAAGAUGAUAUACAAUUGUGUGGAUAUUUACAAGCAGCCUGCGUUAAACCAUCCUUUACUCCAAAAUCACAAAAUUCAGAUGGAACCAUCUUUUUCAGUCCCUAAAUCAAAUCGAUUUGAAAAUAAAAUGCGUAAAAAUAUAAUCGGUUGUCCAAACGGAACAGUUCCUAUAUUGAAAAACAUAAAAGACCAUGCUGCAAAUACUCAAUAUUUUGCAGAAAAGUAUUUCAAUCCACUCACAGUUGAAAGUCAUGGAACACAUUUUGCAGGAAUUAGAUUGCAAAAGGAUGGUCCUUACUAUGGUAUAGCAGCUUGGAUAAGUGUACAUGACUUAAACAUUAGUAGAGACCAAGCUUCAUAUGCCAACAUGUAUGUUGGCAAUCGAGUAAACAACAAAGAAAAUUUUAUUCAAGUUGGUUGGAUGAUAAAUCCAAGUGUACUUGGAGAUGGACGACCGUGGAGUUAUGGAUUUUGGAGGGGUGUCAACGGAGCAGGCUGUUAUAAUACAGUGUGUCCUGGUUUUAUUCAAGUGUCAAAAGAUGAUCCUUUAAGUGAACCAUUACCUAAUGCUCCAGAAGGAAAAAGAAACAUUGCUCUAACUAUUCAGCAGGAUACGGACACAGGUCACUGGUGGGUAACAGAUAUAGAAGAAGGCAAUAAACCAGAUAUACAUAUUGGUUAUUGGCCUAAAGAACUAUUUGAUCUAAUGGGUGGUGGUGCGAACAUACUUGGAAUUGGAGGAGCAGUCCAGUCUUCACCUUCCGGUGUAAGUCCACCAAUGGGUAAUGGUCAUUUACCAACAAAAAAGGACAUGGAUUCAGCACGCGUUUCAGAGUUCCUCUACAGAUACGAAAACUCAGACUUCAAGAAUUAUUACCAAUAUUCUAAGUUGGAUAAGCUAUUAGACAGUGAAAAAUGCUAUGGCUUAAAAAAGGGGGACGACUAUUUUUUCACAUUUGGUGGACCGGGAGGAAAUUCAUGUGGAAUAUAAACAUUACCAGCUAAAACUAUGUUAAUGCUAUUAUAUAAUAAUAAAGUAUUUGAUUGUUGGCUUUA